AAAUCUAAACACUUAAAAGCAGCAUUUAAAUAGCUGCUGGUAACCCUCGUGAAAGCCUACAGUAACUCUGUGUUCUCACAAUCGUACAUUUUGUCUUCUCUCUUAUUGUGGUUAUAUUAAUAUAAAAACAAAUAAACAGUAAAACAAUAUAAGAAAAUUGAGAGCUGUAUGGUCACCGAUACGGGCCGCCCUUGUUUCCGCACGGUCGCCCUUACUGUACGGACCGGAAGCUUUAUUUGAUUGGCUCUCCCGCACCGGAAGGUGGCGUUCUGGGAGUCUUGCUGUUUGUGUGGGUACCCUGUUGGUUUGUUUCUGUGUGGAUUUUGUUACAGUUCUUUUACGAUGUCUAUUCAAUUAAACGCACUCCUCAGCGACUCUUACGUCGAUAUAAGCCAGUACAGAGACCAACAUUUCAAGGGUAAUCGCCACGAACAGGAACGGCUCCUGCGGGCGAGCAACACCCUCUACGUGGGAAACCUGUCCUUUUACACGACGGAGGAGCAGGUGUAUGAGCUGUUCUCGAAGAGCGGCGACGUGAAGAGAAUCAUCAUGGGUCUGGACAAGGUGAAGAAGACCGCUUGUGGCUUCUGCUUCGUCGAGUACUACACCCGUGGGGACGCGGAGAACGCCAUGCGGUACAUCAACGGCACCAGGCUGGACGACCGGAUCAUCAGAACGGACUGGGACGCGGGCUUUAAAGAAGGCAGGCAGUAUGGCCGUGGGAAGUCAGGUGGUCAGGUCAGAGAUGAAUACAGGCAAGAUUAUGACCCUGCUCGAGGUGGAUAUGGAAAAUUGGCUCAGCUCCAAAGAACACCAGACGCCCCGCACAAAUUCUAGUUUUCUGUAGAGAAUUUACAAUUGGGUGGUAUUUGAGUACAUUUAGGUAAUGAAAGAUAAAGUUGAUCUUUUAUCACCUUUUUAUUAAAUGUUUUACCAAAUUAAGAUAACUUGACUGAAGUACAUCAUGCUUUUCGUACAUUUUGAAAAUCACAAAUAAGCAGGAGAAGCUGGUUAAGGCAUCUGCCAUUUUGGCCAGUUUUGCCUUAAGGCUUAUUUUUCCAAUCCAGUUUCAUUUGUAACUAUGAGCGUUUCUGUUGGAUCUGUAUACUAUGUAUAACAUUUAUGGAAACAUUAAAUAUUUUCAAUUUUGUGUUUAAAA